GUAAUCUCAAAUUUUUAAUGGAGGGGAAGAACAAGAGGCUAGCUGUUUUGGUGGGGUGCAAUUAUCCAAACACACCCAAUGAAUUGCAUGGCUGCAUAAACGAUGUGUUAGCCAUGAGGGACACGCUGGUGAAGCGUUUCGGGUUCGAUCCGAAAAGCAUUGAGCUCCUCACUGAUGAGCCUGGCUCUUCAUCACCUAUGCCUACUGGUUCCAACAUUAAGCAGGCAUUAGCUAGCAUGAUUGAUCAAGCUGAAACAGGGGAUGUGCUCUAUUUUCAUUAUAGUGGACAUGGAACAAGGUUCCCUUCCAAGAAACUUGGCCACCCCUACCGCUAUGAGGAAGCAAUUGUGCCUUGUGACUUCAAUCUCAUCACUGAUUUGGACUUCAGGCAACUGGUGAACAAGCUGCCAAAGGGAACAAGCCUCACAUUUCUCUCAGACUCAUGCUAUAGUGGUGGCCUCAUUGACAAAGAGAAGGAACAAAUUGGACCAUCUUCACUGGUUCAUGAAAAUGACUCAUCAUUGAAACUCACUAGCACCCCCAAGACAAUCCCUAUUAAGUCCAUACUUCAACACCUCUCAUCACUAACAAACAUAAGCACCACAGACAUUGGAACCCACCUGCUAGAAUUCUUCGGCUCCGAAGCCAGUUCGAGAUUUCAGCUCCCUUCACAUCAUCUUGAUUUGUUGAACUUGAACCAAUCACUGAGGCCUGAUGAGGGGAUUCUGUUGAGUGGUUGCCAAUCUGAUGAGACCUCUGCAGACAUUAACCCGAACGUGAGUGGUGGAAAGGCGUAUGGAGCAUUUAGCAAUGCGGUUCAGAUGGUGUUGAAGGAGAACCCGGGUCAGCUGAGCAAUAGAGAGGUUGUGAUGAAGGCCAGGAAUGUGCUGCAAACGCAGGGAAUUGUGCAGCAUCCUUGCCUCUAUUGCAGUGAUGAGAAUGCUAAUGCUGCCUUCUUGCGACAACAUCAGAACUCAGAUUUAUGAAAUGUGUGUCUGAAGAAUUUGAUGUGUGAAACAUUGGAGAAGUGAUUGCUGAAAUCAAGACUCUCAAGUACUCGUAGCACUAUGUUAUUUAUUAUUGUACUAUUGUGGGAAUUUUAUGAUUUUUUUAAAGAGAUUUUUAUGUUCAAUAAGUGGAAAAGUAUUAUUAA